CCCGCCCCCACCUCUUCUCCUCACCGUCGCGCCGUGAAGUGGAUGUUUUGAUGGUCUCCGGCGAGCGUUGUCUGGCGGCGGACGACGAGUUGUCGACGAAUAAUAUGAAGGAGAUGAUCGGCGGCUGCUGUGUAUGCUCCGACGAGAGGGGUUGGGCGGAAAACCCUCUGGUGUACUGCGACGGACACGGCUGCAACGUCGCCGUGCAUCAAGCCUGCUAUGGAAUCGUACAGGUGCCCACUGGUCCGUGGUUCUGCAGAAAGUGUGAAUCUCAGGAGAGAGCAGCUCGUGUGAGAUGUGAGCUGUGUCCCCACAAAGAUGGAGCCCUCAAGAGGACAGACAACGGAGGCUGGGCCCAUGUAGUUUGUGCCCUUUACAUACCUGAAGUGGAAUUCGCCAAUGUCUCAACUAUGGAGCCAAUAGUUCUCCAGUCUGUGCCACAUGAUCGCUACAACAAGACAUGUUACAUAUGUGAGGACCAGGGCAGAGAGAGUAAAGCAGCCACUGGAGCCUGUAUGACCUGCAACAAACAUGGCUGCAGGCAGGCCUUCCAUGUCACAUGUGCCCAGUUUGCGGGGUUGUUAUGUGAGGAACAAGGAUCGGACGCAGACAAUGUCAAGUACUGUGGAUAUUGCAAGUACCACCACAGCAAAUUGAAACACAAGGAGCGGGACAGGCACAAACCCAAACACAAGAAGAUCUCCAUGGACAUGUCACCCUCCCUUGUCCUCCCUAACAUCUUGGUCCCGGAGAAGACCUACAACAGCGGCAGCUCAGGGGGAGGAGUCACCCCUAUGACAGCAGCCUCGCAGAAGCGGCUGGACGACAGCGCUGCCCGUUUCACUACCGCCAACUUUCAGGAAGUGGCGUCCGCUCUCUCCGGGGGCAGCUCCAAAGACGGCUCGGCCGCAGACGCUGGGAAGGCGGCGUCUGAGGUGAAGAACAAGAAGAACAGCAGCGGCGCAAGUCACACGGCGGGACAGAGGGGUGGCCGCAAGUCUCUCACCUCCUCAGGGAAACCCCUCCCUUCCGCCGUGGUCACCAUGGCAACCUCCUCCACAUCUGCCUCUGUUUCCACUGGGCCUUUCCACCAAGGCCUCCUGUUGACCAGCGCCAGCAAGACGACCUCUGCUCCUUCCUCCUCAGACUUCCUCAGUUUCUCGGAUCCAUCGUUGCGUUCGGGGGGCGGGACCACCUUCUCCUCCCCGCCAUCUUUCAGCAGCUGCCUCGUGAAGCCGAGCUCGGAGGGCGGCGCCUCGGAGGGAACUACGACACUCUUCGGCUCUCUUAUGUCGGCCACUACGGCUUCUGCAGUGGGCGGGAAGCUGUACGAGAAUUCCCACAGUCUCACAGCCAGCGAGACGACGAGCCUCGGUGGGUCCGCUGGCUACAAACGGCCCCAGCCCUCCAGCUCAGUGCCGGGGAUCGGAGGUGCAGCGGCAGGAGGAGGCGGAGGAGGAGGAGGAGGGGAUGACGGGGUGAAGAAGAAAAAGAAGGGCAACUGGCGAAACAGAUUUGGACCUUGCUUCACCACAGAAGUGAAACCUUCUGAGCCGGCUCCGUCCAUGACUCUCCCCGCCUCCUCCACGGCCAACACCUCCUCCUCCUCCAGCGCCUCCCCAUCCUCCUCUUCAUCGUCAACGCUCACGGGCCGCCCGGGCUUGGUGUCAAGCAGUGGGUUGGGAGUGGGGGGAGGAGGAGGAGGAGGAGGAGGAGGAGGAGGAGGAGAGAGGGGUCUGGGGGUCAUGGGUGUCGGCGGUGGGAUACAGAACCUUAGGAAUGGGAGUCUACAGAGCAGCAGCAGCUCCACAAGCACUGGGCCAGGUGUUUUCUCUGGUGCGGACGGGUCAUCGUCGGGGACAGCAGUUGUCGCCACCGGCGGAGCCAGCUCUGAGUUGUCACAGCAACAGCAACCCACACCUUCACUAGCCCCUCCCUCUCCAUUCACUGCCACGGCACCGCUAACCAGCACAGCCUCCGCACACGUGAGCGGUCUGCCAGGGUCGGUCUUCAACCUCGCUCCCCCCCACAUGUUUGGAAACAGGCUGAAUCCCAACUCAGCCAUGGCGGCACUCAUCGCCCAGUCCGAGGCCUCACCAGCAGAUCAGGAGGUGGGAGACGGCAGCGGCGGCGUCGGAGCUCAGGGCUUCUCCAUAAGAGCUUCUCCCAAGACCACCCCGCGCUCUCCCAUUGGUGGCCUGCAGAUCCGCUAUGACUCCCCGGGGUCGUUGCCGGGGCCGGGGCUUGGGUUGCUAGGGGCGGGAGGUGGCGGGGAGACGCUGCCCCCGGUGGCCACCAGCAUUGAGCAGCUCCUGGAGAGGCAGUGGAACGAAGGGCAGAGCUUCCUGCUGCAGCAGGGAGCGCAGGGUGACGUGCUGGGCAUGUUGAAGUCCCUCCACCAGCUGCAGGAGGAGAACCGGAGGCUGGAGGAGCAGAUCAAAACUCUGACCAUGAAGAAAGAGAGGCUGCAGCUUCUCAGCGCUCAGCUAUCAGUGCCUUUCACCUCCAGCACGGCCUCCUCUGAUAUGAGAGGAGGCCAGCUGGGAGCCACUGACUCAUCUCUACCUGUGGCAGCUCAGGACGGUGCGUCGUGUGGUGGCCACAGCAGCAGUGGCUCCACCUCAUCGCUCUCCACCCCUCCCUCCGUCUCCCAGAGCCCGCCGCAGCUGAACGGGGUCGCUGCCUUGGGAACAGCCCCGUCCAGGCUGGGCGCGGUGGCGGGGCUAAUGGGUGCUCUGGGUGGCGGCAGCGCACUGGGCAUGGCGGGAAUUGUCGGGGCGCUGAACGGGGUGAUCCAGACACCGGUGGGCACCGGCAGCCCUCACGCACACACUACAGGAGCAGCUACCGGCAUGACGUUGCCCGUUAAUAAUGGCGCUGCGCGGCUCGGCCUGCUGUCUGAGCAUCAGCACAGACUCCUGCAGCAGCAUCAGCUCCAGCAGCUGCUGUCCUCACAGCCUUCAGCGGAGCAGCAGCAGGUGUUGCUCUACCAACUGAUGCAGCAGCAGCAGGACCUCCAGCAGCUGCAAUCCCUCUCCUCCUCUGGCCAGAUUCCCUCCAUCCCGCUCUCCUCCGCUCAGCUGCCCAUCAACAACCUGCUGCCCAGCGCCCAGAGCCAGGGCCAAGGCGCCAUCACCGCCAACCCCUUCCUGGCGAUGCAGCACGCACACGCUGCUGACACACACGCCUCGGGGGCACAGAAGCAACGGCUAGCCGAGAAGGCCGUGGGCGUCGCAGGGCAGGAGAAGACAUGACGGCAGAUGCCCUUUAUUAUUUUGGUUGUCAAUGUUUUGUUUUGUUUUUUCUGAAUAAAUAUGCAGAGUCUUCAGGAGAUCGGCCUGUUGGUCAACUUUGUGGUUCAGUGAUGAGAACCAGUCACCAGCUCACUGUAGUUGACCUUUCCAGGUUUAUUUUGAAACAUUUUUCAGGUUACAGUCUUAACAUUUUUUUCUUCAUUUGUACUAUUUAUGUCCAUCCAGUUUUUGAUUUUUUUUUUUUUUUUUACUUUUUAUCUUUAGUGCUGCUUCAGGUUCUAAUUUAGUCACUAUUGAGAUAAUGCUUUUUAUUUGAUAUCACUGGUAGCAGCUUAGUGUGUGAGUAAAUAAGCACAUGGUGUGUUGGAUUUCUUCUCUCAACAGGUGAGCUGACCAACAGUUCAGACGUUUUCUUUCAAUGAGUUUCUUUUUAUAUUUUCUUCUCUCUUUCUGUUUUUACUGUGUCAUGUUUUUAUGCAUCAUUUCCUAUCUGUUCCUUUGUCUCCCUAUUUUGUCUCCCCUUCUCGAAACUUCCGCACUUACAUCCAUCUCGGUCUGGUCGCUCUGCUGUCUCACUCUCUCAGGGGCCUCAGCUAACUCGCGAGCGCACACACAGAACUAAAAACAUGAAAAGAAAAAUAUAAGCAGAAAUACAUGUAUGUAAAAUAUAAACUACAAUUCCCCACCACAGGACUUAACAGUAGCAGAUGUAUGUUUGACAUCUGUCUCGCAGCGAUCCCGAGGGGAAUGUUUGGGGGCGAGGGGCUUGUGAAAAUAUCCCACAUGUUCUCGCUGUUGCCUCUGUCCCCUUGUCUCUCACUCUGUUUGUGUAGAUCCACUAAUGUGAGUGAGCCAAGCCUCAUACAGUCACCGCAGAAGCCUUGCUUUUGACUGACUCUUCUCUGGGCCAGAUACAGGCGACUCACUCAGGGAAGUGAAAUGUAAAAAGGAAAUAAAUAGCAAGUUGAAUGUUCAGAGGGAUGCAUUGAUCCACACGGCACAGACUCACAGAGACAUAUUAUGCAGUUGGUUGUCAGCGCUUGGAAGUCAUUACAUUUCAUCUUCCUGAUUGAGCCCCCUGCUGCACCUACCUCUCGAGCAGGACCAGCCUAUCAGGACCUAAAAAAGGCCGACAGCAGCGGCCGUUAAAACAAGAAACCACAACAGUGAGGACUGGCCAAUCAGGGUUCAAACCCAAGUGCCUGAGGCCAAGGGGGGAAGGUGGGAUUUGUUUCCUUUUACCUGUGUCCCUGUCACUCAGCCCAAUUCUUCACAAUGCUACUGGUAAUUAAGCUGCGUUGCUAAGGCAACAGAUUACAAAAAAAAGACUUUGUAAUAUCAGGCGGGACGUGGAGUCUCUAUAAUAAAACCAGGAAAUAUUAUUCUGCUGCAUUCUCUGAUAUCAAAGCCAAUUAUGUAUUGUGCUUUUUAUUUAUUGGGAGUUUGUUUGUGUAAUGGGCAUAAGAUGAUCUAUUUUAAAAGCCUGCUGGUGUUGAAACUUAACAUCCUUUUGUACUACUGUGUAAAGUUUUGUUUGUAUUUUGUUUUGUUUUUUCCCCCUCAUACAGUCAAAUCUUGCUGUAGACCCGUUUAAUGACUUCUACUCUGUGUUGUGUUUUAAAAGCUAGAAGCUACUUGCUGAUUGGGGGAGGGGGUGUGGUUGUAUAUAGCUGUUUGUAGGAGGGAGGAAGUGUGUCACGGCCGUUCAGUGGCACAGUUUUUACCUCGUUAAGUGUACAUAGACCUUUCUCAUUGGCCGUUGGUGUACAUAAGUGAUAGUGAUUAGCUGUGCUGGUGUGAAGGAAAGCCAAUGAAGCCUCAAUUUGUGUGAGUGUGUGUGUGUGUGUGUGUGUGUGUGUGUGUGUGUGUGUGUGAGAAUCUUUAGGACCAGAAAAAAAGGUUGACAGUGACUGGACACACAAAGUAUUAAUUUAUUUUUAUAUGUGCAGGGACAUUGUGUUUCUUUUUUAAGUUUUGCACCAUUUUUCUUGAUGAGAAGUCAUUUUAUACUCUGCACUGUGUUUUCAUCUGUGCACACAUUUGUUUGGAUACAUUUUGUACAAGUGGGGAGUCUGACAUUGUAUUUCAAAACACCAAAAUAAAGAAACACUCUGG